AUGCAAUCCACAGAAGUGAAUCUCAUUCCUCCUCCAACUGAGCACAAACAUGACCCCCUCCGGUGGCCACGUUGGUUGAAAAUUUCAGUGGUGCUCACCACAUCCCUAUUCAACCUUGUGUCUAAUAUGGCCGGUGCUGGUCCCUCUGUGGCUGUACCGAGCUUUAUGCAGGACUUCUCAAAGUCCCAGGAUCAAGUGACUCAACUUUUGACGCUUAACUUUCUCCUCCUUGGUAUUGGCAACAUUUUCUGGGUCCCACUCGCGUUGAAAUUCGGCAAAAGACUGUCGCUUUUGGUGGCCAUGGCCUUGCAGAUGGGCGCUUUGAUUUGGUGUGCCCUUGCCAAAAGCUUUGAUAGCUUGCUCGCUGCCCGAAUCGUACUUGGCUUUGCUGCUGCCGCCGGGGAGAGCAUUGUUCCCGAGAUAGUUGCAGAUCUCUUUUUCCUCCACGAACGGGCCACGAUGAUGUCCAUAUACGUUAUCUUCAUAUCCGGUGGAACGGCUAUUGGUCCCCUCAUCGCUGGCUUUAUGGUUCAGUAUGCCGCCCAAACAUGGAGAAGCUAUUUUUGGCUCUGUGUCGCCUUGGCCGCUGCCAACCUCGUCCUUCUAUUUUUCUUCUGCCCUGAAAGCAACUUUCGUCGAACCGAUCACGAACUUCAUGAUCACAUAGAAACGCAAGCCAUCAGGGUCGAGAAGUUGGCUGGAAAAUCGAAUUCCAGUCUGGUCGAAAACGUUGCUACAAACAGCCCGGGAUUCACCAUGUCCACCCUCCUCACGCCGCCCCCAUACAACUUCUCGUCCAUCGAUAUAGGCCUCAUGGAGAUAGCUGCGAUGGUCGGUUUUGUAAUAGCCUGCUUUGGUGGCGGGUAUCUGUCCGACGCCAUCACCACGUGUAUCAUUAAAAAAAGCAAAGGCGUGAUUCGGCCCGAGCAACGACUUGUCUCGUUACUUCCUGGAAUGUUCAUUGCCCCAGCUGGGUGUAUUACCCUUGCUUUGGCAUGCCAGAACAAGCUCAGCUGGGUUGCGAUAGCCUUUGGAUUUGGAAUGGUUUCAUUUGGAGAAGUCUACACACCAAACAUCGCUCUUACCUAUGUGGUCCAUCGCCAUCAGGAGCAUGCUGCUCAGUGCCUUGUUCUCAUUAACAUCUUCAAAAAUAUCCUUGCUUUCCUAUUCCUGUAUGAGGCGGUUCCUUGGGUCACCUCCCAGGGGUUUACGCAGGUUUAUAUGAUCAUGUUCAUGUUAAACAUGCUUACGUUGGUCCUGGCCGUGCCGCUGUACUUUUACGGACCUCGGGGGCGGGAAUGA